AUGGGUCGCGAGCACCUUAGCAACGAAGAGUUCUUCGCCCAACUCGGCAACCUCUUCGAACACAACCGCAAAAAGGGCCAUGGCACCGUCUACCUCACACAAAAGCGCCUAGCCUUCGACUCGGCAUCUGUACCCCCGUCACCUCAAAAAGUUGCAGAUGAUCCGUUAUGGGAUACUCACCCUGAGACUCCAUUACCUAUCCUGAUUCGCGCGCACAACAACAAAAGCGACAAGAAGGCAGGUACAGACCGCAAGGAUGUUGACAAGAUUGUCCUGAGCACAGUCGUCAAGCCGGAUGACUUGGACGGGUUUUACGUACGAUAUGCGGAAGCAUGCAAGACAGGCAUGAGCGGAUUGAAGAAGAGGGACCGAAAGAAGGGCAAGAAGGAUAAGAAAAAGAAGAAGGUGGCAGUAUGAGGAUCGGAACCAUGAAGCUCACACGGAAUCACGACAUCAGUAUAAAAAAUGCGGUUGGAGACUGCCUCGCAAUAAGGCUUGCCCAGCAGCAAGUAAACGGGGACAUGAAAAUGGCGCAUGACGGAAUAACCGAAUUAUGCAUACUGUCUACCUAACGACACAAGCAUGGGCUAUGUAUGGCUAAAUAAUGCAAUAUACCCACAAG